UCCUUUGUGUCAGUUCAGAUCAGUGUAAACUGUGAAAACGUUCACUUUCUCAUUUUUCAAAUGAUUUAAAAGCUGUUUCAUUUUUAUUUAAAAAAAAAAAAAAAACAACAAAAAAUGAAUUUAUCACACUUUUGGAGUUUUAUCAUUUUCCACAUUUUACUUAUUCACUUUUCACAUGGACGCACAAAGUCUCACUAUUAUCGCAACAAACGAUUGAAGUCGUCGUCGUCGUCGUCGGCGGACAACAAUUUUGAUGUACUUAUAUUUACUCAACAUUGGCCACAAUCAGUGUGCUUUGAAUGGAAGGAAAAAUCACAAAAACACAAUUGCACAAUGCCAGCAAAUGAUGAAUGGACAAUACAUGGAAUUUGGCCGACACAAUUUCAUAAAAUUGGACCUGAAUUUUGUAAUAAAAGUAUGAAUUUCGAUUUAUCAGCAUUGGCAAGUAUUGAGGAUGAAUUAAAAUUAAAAUGGAUGGACAUUGAAUUUGGCAUGAAACCAGGUUCAUUUUGGAAACAUGAAUGGGAUAAACAUGGUACAUGUGCGGCAAUAAUUGAAAAAUUGAAUACAGAACAAAAAUAUUUUCAAAUGGGCCUUAAUUUACUCGAUAAAUAUGAUAUGAAAAAUAUUCUCGCCAAAGUCAAUAUUAUACCGGGCAAUAGUUAUCCAGUGAAAAUAAUUCUCGAUGGUAUUAAAAAAAUUUUGAAUAUUAACGCUCAAAUUAUGUGCGUGAAAAAUCCGAAAACCCACGAGUCCUAUAUUUUCGAAAUAAGAAUAUGUUUCGAUAAACAAUUGGAAUUGACAAAUUGCGAUGGAAUUGUGAAUUUUCCAACUGACUGUAAUCAUAAACAAAAUGUCAUCUAUACAGGAAUUGUACCUCACGAGGUCUUGAGAAUUUAGCAAAAAAAAAAUUUUCAUUUAGGAAAAUAAUUAUAUUUUUAAUUAAUUUUUUCUUUUGGAUAAAAAUUUACCAUUUUUUUUUUAUUUAUUUAUUUUGAGAUAGGAAAAAAUUUAUUUUCAAUAAAUUAGGUAUUAUUAAUUUUUUUUGUAGGUAUUUAAAUUAUUAUUUUCUUUUUUUGCAAAUUAUAAUUUUUGACCAAAAAUGUGUUUAAUUGGAAAAUGAAAGAGAAUAAAAAGAGAAAAUUGUAUAUAUAUAUAUAGAUAAAAAGGAACAAAAAUUAAUUUCAAUAUUUGAAUUAGACAGUAAGAAACUGAAAGAUAUAUAAUAUAAAUUUUUUUUUUUAUAUAUCCACAUGUAAUGCUUAGUACAAAUUGUAAAUCAGUAUUUUUAACUUUGCAAAUAAAAAGAAAAACAAUA